AUGCAAGGUGUGCGGCAUCAACAGGCCUCGGUGGCUGUCGAGAAUUACUCGGCUUCUACCGAUGGGCAGUCUGGCGCCCAGCACCAGUCCCCUAAUUGGCCUGUCCCCAAGAACGUCGCAUUUGAACUUCUUCUCGAUGAGAACUCAAAAGUUCGAGCUCGGAUACCCAUGCGCGUUCAGAUAUUUCCUCAUGAUACCACUGAUUCCAUCGUGACCACCGUCAAGAAUUUCUAUGGUAUCUAUGAGGGCGCUGCGAGCGGUGUCAGCUUCGAGGACGAGCAUGGCACCACUCUCAUUGCGAGAUAUGAGAAUUUGAGAAACAAUAUGACUGUGUAUGUUCGAGUGAUUCCGGUCCAUGCUUAUCCUGAAGCCUAUGGAGAGCAUCACUAUGGUUCUGCUCAAUUGGACGGUCGCAAGCGUCCCAGUCUGGGCGAGCCAUUCCAGAUGGCGCCACAGCCAGCUCAUGUUCUAGAGUAUGGUCAGCCGCCUUCUCGACCGACAUCUAGAGUCGCCAGAAAGCGCAGCACAUCUCCAUCAGGGCGAAGUCGUCGCAGCGCCUCUCAGCAUAAAACAUCCCGACUGGGAAAUAAAAGCCGUGGCUCUAGCACACAUGGCAGCUUCCAGGACGAUGGAAUGGGCGGAUACAGUGACAGCGAUGGCGGUCACGGGUCUAUCACUGGUUCGAAGAAGGCCAGGAGUGAACAAUUCGCUAGUUCUGAUAUCAGCAUGGAGAAUAUUCUCCACGACGGCCGCAGAAAGCGCCCGAAGUUUGACAGCUCGGAAUUGCCUCUCUUUGUUCCACCUCAAGUCCCCCUCACCACGUCUACUUCAUCUAUAUCCCCUCAGCGCCGAUCUACUGGCCAAGAAGGAGCCAUUUCCCCUUUCGCUCGUCCCGCGCAGCCCACCUACAAUUACCAACAGCCCCUACCAUCCCCACAGAGCUACGGGUAUAACGAGCAGGCUUAUGGAAAUGGUUCGGCACGGCAUUCUAUGUAUGCUACACCUAUCGUCCCAGAGCAUGGCCAUCGUUUGCGCGAGCGCGCAGGAACUCAAUCGUCGGGUACUUAUGCAUAUGGGAGCCGUCCAAGCGGACCUGGCGUCUUACCGACGCCGGACCCUACAAUUGCAAGCUGUAUCUCUGACGAGGAUGUCGCUAUGCAGCUGAUCCGACUCGGAGAUGCCUCUAACUUCUCCCACGGUCGCACCUCUGCGUCUACGUUGGAUGAUGGAUUCAGCGGAGCCGCUGACGCAUCGUCCACCGGUGCGACCAGUGAUGGUGGUGAAAGCGACAUUGAUGACGCUGAGCUUCCGCCACACUCGAAGCAUAAACUCGAGUCAAGCCCAAUGCUUCCUCCUGGCGCAAUUAGACGGACUCACAAGCAAUUGGAUGACAUCCUACCCAGUUUUGACAGCACUGAUGUUAGCGGAGACGAGGGUGAUGAAGACUACCGGCAAGAGGACGGGCACGAAGGUCUUGUUAAGAGCGAGCCGGAUGACGACGCUCUGUACACCGAAUCGGGCCCGAAGGCUAAGAAGACCAAGACCAGGGCUUCCAGCAGCGUCACCAACAAAUCCGCAGGCUCUAAGGCCAUCACAGGCAAGGCGAUCAAGAGUAACAAGAGUCGCCCUGCGGUUGUUUCCCGUAAGCCCAAGGUCGUGCCCGCGGUCAGCACACAAAAGAUGGCACCUCCCCAGAUGGUUAGCCCCAUCCCUUCCCACAGAUCCCCUGAAUCAGAGGUUAACUUUCAGGCUCAGCUCGCUGCGGAUGAAGAAGAUCUGUCGACGAAGCCGCGCUGCCAACGUUGCCGUAAGAGCAAGAAAGGUUGCGAUCGCCAGCGUCCUUGCCAGCGUUGCAAGGAUGCCGGCAUUGGCAUCGAAGGAUGCAUCAGUGAAGACGAAGGCAAUGGUCGCAAAGGCCGCUAUGGACGUCACAUGGGUGUUCCAGUGAAGAAAGCGAUGGAGGCCACUGAAUCCAACCACGACAUGCCGCCAAUUGGAUCUGCUAUUGUCGCUGCGCCUCCUCUGGUAGCGGCUUCAGACAAGAACAAGAAGCGAAAGCGCUAG